GUGUCAAUCAAGCAUUGCAGUGUGUUGAAUGUGUGUCCCAAGAAGCAUCGCAGCCAUGAAGAUAACGAAGACACUUGCCCUCUGCACAUUCUAUUUCUACGCUGCCUCAUUUACGAACCAUUUUGCCGUCUCCUUGGACAUGGACUGCGGCAAUGUGUGGAGGACAGGUAACUUGGACCAACCCAACAGCCCGAGCACGUCGACGAUUCGUCUUACGAUUCUCCACCGGGAGCACCCGUGCGCCCCUGCCUCCAAGCGGCCGGUGCGCCGCUCUCCUUCAGCGCUCCAGGAGUACCACACCCGCGUCCGCCGCCUGGCCAACCGGCUAUCCAGCUGCCCUGCAGACGAGGCCACUGCCUCCGGUCUGAUCUUCGCCAACGGUGUUCCCUGGGACUACUACAGCUACGUGACCCAGGUCCAGCUCGGGACGCCGGCCAAGACUCACAACGUCUUGGUCGAUACGGCAUCUUCCUUGUCUUGGGUUGGAUGUGAGCCCUGCAUCAACGCAUGCCUCAUUCCAACCUUCAACCCCAACGCGUCCUCCACGUACAAGGUGGUAGGGUGCGGCUCGGCGCUGUGCAACGCAGUCCCUUCAGCCACCAUGGCUCGCAAAAGCUGCAUGGCGCCAACUGAGGGGUGCUCAUACCGCCAGUCCUACCAUGAUUAUUCCUUGUCAGUAGGGGUGGUGAGCAGUGAUACUCUCACGUAUGGGUUGGGCAGCCAAAAGUUCAUCUUUGGUUGCUGCAACUUGUUCCGUGGCGUUGGAGGCCGGUACUCAGGGAUACUUGGCAUGUCGGUGAACAAGUUCUCUCUCUUCUCCCAGAUGACUGUUGGCCACCGUUACAGAGCCAUGUCCUACUGCUUCCCUCAUCCCCGCAACCAGGGGUUCUUGCAGUUCGGGCGGUAUGAUGAACACAAAAGCUUGUUGAGGUUCACACCGCUGUACAUCGACGGGAACAACUACUUCGUCCACGUGUCAAACGUCAUGGUCGAAACAAUGAGCCUCGACGUCCAGUCAAGUGGGAACCAGACAAUGAGGUGCUUCUUCGACACCGGGACGCCGUACACUAUGUUACCCCAAAGCUUGUUUGUCAGCCUCAGUGACACGGUGGGUAACUUGGUCGAAGGGUAUUAUCGAGUCGGAGCAUCGACCGGGCAGACCUGCUUCCAGGCUGAUGGUAACUGGAUAGAGGGGGAUCUCUACAUGCCGACGGUGAAGAUUGAGUUCCAAAACGGUGCUAGGAUCACCUUAAACUCAGAGGAUUUGAUGUUCAUGGAGGAACCCAACGUGUUUUGCCUAGCGUUCAAAAUGAAUGAUGGUGGCGACAUCGUCCUCGGAAGCAGGCACCUCAUGGGAGUCCACACGGUGGUUGACCUAGAGAUGAUGACGAUGGGCCUCCGAGGUCAGGGAUGCAACUAGUGCGUAACGGAGCGGGAUGUACCUAACAAUAUACUGCUAGUUAUGUUCUUUUUCAGGCAUAUUCUCUUGUAAGGCCACAGCCCUUAUAAAUUUGUCAGUGUCAAAUCAUGCACCAUUUCGUGUGUUUCUUAGUUUUCUCAAGCACUCUUAAGUAAUGUAAUAUCGUUGCCCC